UAAAUUUCCCUCCACAGUCAUAUAUAUAGAGGCGAGAAAAAAACUCUGAUGGAUGCUCUUAAAUCAAGGUAAGGCAUUUUAGCAUGGAAGACUGUGCAGAGCAGCAGGCUGAGGAACGGGAAGUUUUGCAAUCAAUCUAUGAGGGUGAUGAGCAUUUCAAAGAAAUUUCGGCAACUUGCUUCCAAUACAAAUAUGGUGAAGAAGAUAGUAAAUCUGUUCUAGUCGAAAUUUCAUGGACUGAGACUUACCCAACAACUACACCAAAUGUAAAUUUAGAUUUGUUUCAUAAUGGUUAUUUACCAACAGAUUUUAAAAUUGAAAUCAAAGAAAAACUUUUGGAGCAGGCAAAUGAAUUACUUGACUGUGCUAUGACGUUUUCCCUCUUUGAUUGGAUGAAAGAAAAUGCUGACGAAUAUCUUAACAGAAUACCUGAAAUUGUGGCAAAGAGGGAAACAUCAGGGCGUACUGUUGAAGCAGAAGAAAAUAACUUGGUUAAAGUUAAGAAGGAAAAGAAAGAACAAUUAACAAAGGCUCAAAAACGGCGAAUAACGGAGCAGACAAACUAUAAAGGUGAACAUGAAAGAGGUUGGAACUGGGUGGAUGUUGUUCGUCAUCUCUCACAGACAGGUGGUGGAAAUUAAAGAUUGAAAAGUUACCCCCUAUUUUCUACUGGUGUCAGAUGGUGCUGGUUGAGAAUUGUAGAAGGGGUUAUUGGAGUUUGACUAUUUCAGUUGUUUACUUAUGACAAGGAGAAGAUACUGAAUACAGAUACAAUAAUAAUCUAGAUGGAGUUUUCACGAACUACUGAUUACAGAAAUAUGUUGUGUGCUGUCUAUUCUAUUGGGUUGGUUGGCAACCUGGUAUACACAGCAUGUGUUGUAAUCAUUUAAAUUGAAGAUUUAAUUGGUAAAAAAGUGCCUUUUAAUUAUAGCAUUCUCUUUAAAUAA